GCUCGCUCCUUCUUCUCUCCAAUCUCUGUCUUGUUGUCGGCGGUGACGCGGCGGAGGUGUAGCCUGACGCGGCCUCUUACGUGUCGGCGGCGGGCGGCCACAAUAAAAGUGGAGCUCCGGACGGAGUCCCGACCGGGGAGCGAAAAAAGUGAAGGGAGCGUGUGUCGGUAAGGACGGCGGAAGGAAGGAGGCACGGUGGAAAACGUUCGGUGUUGGUCGGGUUCGGCCCGAAGGAAACAAAGAGAUCAUGGCGGCUCGGUGCUCAGCCGAUGAAGAUGGAGUCAGCAGCGGCCGAGGCUCAGCAGGCGGCCGAGUCUGCCGAGGCUGAAAACCAGCAGCAGAUCACGCCGGCACAGCUUGCCACAUUGGCGCAGGUAUCCAUGGCAACUGGCCACGGCACGGCAACAGGUCCCACAGUGACGCUGGUGCAGCUUCCAAAUGGACAGACGGUCCAAGUGCAUGGCGUGAUUCAGGCGGCGCAGUCAUCCGUCAUACAGUCCCCACAUGUGCAAGCUGUGCAGAUCUCCACCAUCGCCGAAAGCGAGGAUUCGCAGGAGUCGGUGGACAGCGUCACUGACUCGCAGAAACGUCGCGAAAUCCUUUCGCGGCGACCCUCGUACAGGAAAAUCCUGAACGACCUGUCAUCCGAUGCACCGGCUGUCCCUCGCAUCGAGGAGGAAAAGGCAGAGGACGAUUUGGCGGCAGCUGCCACGCCCGCCAUCACCACCGUCACCGUGCCCACCCCUAUUUACCAGACCAGCAGCGGCCAGUACAUUGCCAUCACGCAGGGCGGCGCUAUCCAGCUGGCCAAUAACGGCACAGACGGCGUUCAGGGCCUGCAGGCGCUCACCAUGACCAACGCGGCCGCCGCCCAGCCUGGGGCCACCAUCCUGCAGUAUGCUCAGACCAGCGACGGCCAGCAGAUACUGGUGCCCAGUAACCAAGUGGUGGUGCAAGCUGCGUCUGGAGAUGUCCAGGCCUACCAGAUCCGAGCGGCGCCUGCCAACACCAUCACCUCUGGGGUGGUCAUGGCCUCGUCGCCUGCUCUGCCCACCCAAGGUGCCACCGAGGAGGUCACCCGCAAGAGAGAGGUCCGCCUCAUGAAGAACAGAGAAGCGGCGCGUGAGUGUCGCAGGAAGAAGAAGGAGUACGUCAAGUGUCUGGAGAACCGAGUGGCUGUCCUGGAGAACCAAAACAAGACACUCAUCGAAGAACUCAAAGCCCUCAAAGACCUUUACUGUCACAAAUCCGACUAAAUCCCCCUCGACCCUUCAAGCCCAGAACAACGUCCUCGCUUUGGACCUGGGUAGCCUUUGUGCUCAUUGUCUUUGACUGUUUGGCUUCACUUGCCUCAACUUUUUCAGUAUGUCAUACUUCAUUUACCAUGGGUCCAUGGGUAUAAAAAUACAAACAAAUGAAAAUUAGUGGGUUAGCGAUACUUGAAGUGGAUGCUGAUUCCGAUUAUUGUUGUGAUUCCCCCUCAGGUCCUCACUUGAACAUCUUAAAUUAGCUUUUAUCUUGACCCUACUGACCACGUACCAGGUUGUAGUGGUAUAAGAGAACUUUAAAACUGCUAGCGUAUGUCUACCUUGUGUCAGGUCAGAGGUGAUGGUCCUUCAAAAUUUAAGCUUCUUUUUCAGAUUAUUUGAUCUUUUAGCCAAAACCUACUGACCAGGUACUGUGUCUGAUAGAAGAGAUCUGAAACUCUAAACUCUCAGCUUUGGUGCAGUUAGUACAGGAACAUGUCGUUGGUUUUGUCUGAACUGCAUCUUUUCUCUGUACUUUUGAGCGUUUAGUCUAUAGCAUAUGUACAACCACAAUUCCAAUGAAGUUGGGACGUUUUGUUAAACAUAAAUAAAAACAGAAUACAAUGAUUUUCAAAUCAUGUUCAACCUAUAUUUAAUUGAAUACACUACAAAGACAAGAUAUUUAAUAUUGAAACUGAUCAACUUGAUUGUUUUUAGCAAAUAAUCAUUAACUUUGAAUUUUAUGGCUGCAACACGUUCCCAAAAAGCUGGGACAGGUGGCAAAAAAGACUGAGAAAGUUGAGGAAUGCUCAUCAAACACCUGUUUGGAACAUCCUACAGGUGAACAGGCUAAUUGGGAACAGGUGGGUGCCAUGAUUUGGUAUAAAAGGAGCUUCCCUGAAUUGCUCAGUCAUUCACAAGCAAAGAUGGGGCAAGCUACACCUCUUUGUGAACAACUGCGUGAGAAAAUAGUCGAACAGUUUAAGAAGAAGAAGAAGAAUCAUCUUUUAUUGUCAUGAACAUGCAUGCAUGCAUACGAAAUUUGUUCUCUGCAUUUAACCCAUCGCAGUGAACACAUACACAUGUUAGUGGAACACACUGGAGCAGGGGGCAGCUGAAGCGCCCGGGGAGCAUUUUGGGGUAUCAGUGUCUUGCUCAAGGACACCACAGCCGUGGGUCCGGGGGAUGUUGGCGGAUGGUCCAGUCGGGGUCUUGAACCUAGGUCCCCCACGGUGGCAAGGAAUUUAGGGAUUUCAUCAUCUCCGGUCCAUAAUAUCACCAAACGGUUCAGAGAAUCUGGAUAAAUCACUGCAUGUAAGCGGCAUGGCCGAAAACCAACAUUGAAUGCCCGUGACUUUCUAUCCCUCAGGCGGCACUGCAUCAAAAACCGACAUCAAUGUGUAAAGAAUAUCACCGCAUGGGCUCAGGAACACUUCAGAAAACCAAUGUCAGUAAAUACAGUUCGGCGCUACAUCCGUAAGUGCAACUUGAAACUCUACUAUGCAAAGCAAAAGCCAUUUAUCAACAACACCCAGAAACGCCGCCGGCUUCUCUGGGCCCGAGCUCAUCUAAGAUGGACUGAUGCAACGUGGAAAAGUGUUCUGUGGUCCGACGAUUCCACAUUUCAAAUUGUUUUUGGAAAUUGUGGACGUCGUGUCGUCUGGGCCAAAGAGGAAAAGAACCAUCCGGAUUGUUAUGGAUGCAAAGUUCAAAAGCCAGCAUCUGUGAUAGUAUGUGGCUGUGUUAGUGCUAAUGGCAUGGAUAACUUACACAUCGGUGAAGGCACCAUUAAUGCUGAAAGGUACAUACAGGUUUUGGAGAAACAUAUGCUGCCAUCCAAGCAACGUCUUUUUCAUGGACGCCGCUGCUUAUUUCAGCAAGACAAUGUCAAACCACAUUCUGCACGUGUUACAACAGCGUGGUUUCGUAGUAAAAGAGUGCGGGUACUAGACUGGCCUGCCUGCAGUCCAGACCUGUCUCCCUUUGAAAAUGUGUGGCGCAUUAUGAAGCAUAAAAUACGACAACGGAGACCCUGGACUGUUGAACAGCUGAAGCUGUACAUCACGCAAGAAUGGGAAAGAAUUCCACCUGCAAAGCUUCAACAAUUAGUGUCCUCGGUUCCCAAACGUUUAUUGAAUGUUGUUAAAAGAAAAGAUUAUGUAACACAGUGGUAAACACGACCCUGUCCCAGCUUUUUUGGAACGUGUUGCAGCCAUAAAAUUCUAAGUUCAUGAUUAUUUGCUAAAAACAAUAAAGUUUAUCAGUUUGAACAUUAAAUAUCUUGUCUUUGUAUUGUAUUCAAUUAAUUAUAGGUUGAACAUGAUUUACAAAUCAUUGUAUUCUGUUUGUAUUUAUGUUUAUAUGUGUGUGUAGAUUGUCAGUCAUCCAGGUCAUGGUAAUCUGCAAAGGUUGAAUCGUGGCAACUUGAUGGUUUUUCCAGAGCUGCCAAAUGUUACGGAACGUCCCUAUAUGCUACGGAAAUCACUGAACGUUGACUCGUUACUGCCGUAACGCUGAUUCUUCCGGAUGUUUUUGGGGGGGGAAAUCCAGCUUCCAACAUUGGUGCGUCCACACUGAACAGCUGCUUGGUGCACGCUAUUAUUACCCUACCCCAUCCGCCCAAGUGUCACAAAGGGAGGACAAGGACUGGAUAGGUGAAGAUGAUGUCAAAGCCAUGCUAAUUGUUCAGCUAGCAUUACAAGCAGUCGCAAAACAUCGACAGGUGAUUUGGUGAUACAGUACAGUUGUCACAUAGGUCUGGCUGGAACCGUAUUUUUGCAGAGCGUAACCAACUUUAAACAACAAAAUAAUAGGCCAAUUAAUACAUGUUUAGAGAUCCAUUCCAUCCAUUUUCCGUACUGCUUCUCCUCACUCACGCCUCACGGGCGUGCUGGAGCCUAUCUAUACUUAUCCUCACUGGGGUCACGGGCGUGCUGGAGUCUAUCUCAGCUGACUCUGGACAAGAGGCAGGGUACACCCAGAACUGGUUGCCAGCCAGUCGCAAGGCACAUAUAAACAAACAACCAUUCGCACUCACAUUCACAGCUACGGGCAAUUUAGAGUCUUCAAUUAACCUACCAUGCAUGUUUUUGAGAUGUAGGAGGAAACCGGAGUACCUGGAUAAAACCCACGCAGACACGGGGGAAACAUGUAAACUCCACAUAGGCUCAGAACUGUGAGGCAGAUGUACUAACCAGUCGCCCAGCGUUAUUGCCCUCAGUCGAAUGGUGACUGUAGAGACGCUUCUCCCGGCUGUUCGUUGCUCAUUAAUCCAUUGCUCGAGUUGGUCUUCCAACUCGGGCCACCUCGCGUUGUUUCCGUGAAAACUCAGCUUCAUCUUCUUGACUUGGUGAAGCUCGUUUUCCUGCUUCCUCCACUUGCGAACCAUGGAUUCGUUGAUCUUGAAUUCUUUUGCGGCUGCUCAAUUCCCAUGUUCCUCCGCAUAACUGACAGCUUGCAGUUUAAACUGUGCUUCGUAAGCGUGUCUCUUUGUAGGUGCCAUUUUUUGGGGGGGUCCUUAGCUUUAGCGUCCUCCUUCACGCACCCUUCCCCCUUUACGUCCGCAUGCUGUCCUCAGCCACGUCCAAUUUUCCUCUGUAUAAGCAGCGUGUCAGCAGGAAAUGCUCCCAGUCAGUCAAGCGGUCAAAAAAAGUCACACAAAAAAAAAAAAAAAGUCAAGCGGAGCGCUUAUCACACGGCAAAAUUUAUAGAUGUUGGAACUCGGUGCACACAUAAGGUGUGUCGCAUUAUAGGGCGUUUUGUCCAUUUUGGAGAAAAUGUAAGACUUUUAAGUGCACCUUGUGGUCGUGAAAAUACGGUACUAAAAUGACUGUAAAAUAGCUGUGUUAAGGCAAAAUGGCAGACUUCCUGCAUCUCUUUCAGCAUGGCUUCUUGAGACUUUGUUGUGUUUGUAGAUAUAAAUAUAAAAUAAUACACGUCCACACAGGACGCCGCGUCUGAACCGGAAAUGAAUUAGUACGUCACUGCACAUGUCACCUCAGAACGUGGGCAGGUUAAAAUUAUAUGAUUGUUAUUAGUAAUGAAUAUCUGUAAUAUAAGAUAACCUUUACUAGUGCCACAAUGUGGAAAUUUGCAUUGUUUCAUCAGCAAUUGUGGAUAUAGGAAGUAUAACUAUGUAAUCCAAAUAGCAUGUAAGAGAAGACAUGUACGAGAAGUACAUUGCACUAAAUAGAACCCAAAACUAUUGUCCAUACAUAAACUAUCCAAUUCAAUGUAUCAGCAAUGUUGUUUGUUUGCAAAAUAGAGUGCUGAGUUUUUAUUUAGAUGUUUGCAACCCGAUAAAUCAGAUUUGUUAGACUUUGUUUGUUUGUUUGUUACCAGGGUUGAAAACAGAAUUGGCAAAAUGCAAAUUGAUUGAUUAAUUGAUAAUUUUGCCAGGGAGACAGAUAUUUUUUAUCAUGCCAUGUCGAAAUGUCAUACACUGGUGCUUUGAUUCAGGAUGCACCUGUGUCCGACAUUGCAAGGUUGAUGUAAUAAAAACAUUAAAAUGACAAAUAUUGAAGCCACAGUUUAUUAACGAUUAUGAUUAUGACUCGCACGGUAAUGUUCUUAAAAAAAUUGGUAAAAUAUGUAAACUCAGACAAAUUUGGAUAAAUUGUUCUGGAGCUGAAUUUUUAUAGGUUGGCCGCUCUGUUUUUGUUUGUUGAAGACGUUUCGCCCUUAAUCCAAAAAGAUUCUGCACUUCUAUAAUUUUAGGUGUGACUCCAGCAGUUCAUUUGCAUCUCAAGAAGAACGGAGAUUCCUUAGAGGACAACAAUGUCCAUAUUCUGGUUAGGGAGGACCGCUGGUUUUAAAGAGGUGUAAGAGAAGCCAUCUAUGUUAAACUAGAUAAACUAGAUUUGAGACAUCACCUAUCAUCUGCAUAUACGUAACGUCAUGACAUCUCUCCCCCCCAAAGGUCUCCUCAUUCAACAGGAAGAAUAGCCCUAAUAAGCUGUUCUGCAACAAAUCGUGUGAACAAUGGACUAGUAUGCAAGAUGGCCUUUUCACUAACCACACCAGGCAACAACAACAACCUAUUGUUGACCAGCACCAAGGACCACACCUACCGAGGCAUAAAUAGGGAGACUCCACAACUAAAAUUUUGAACUGAGGAUGCCCUUUUGGAUUAAAGAUGAAAUGUCUUCAACAAAAAAGAACAGUAUAGUUACCUUGAUUCAACCUUUGCGGACUCUGACAGCGUACGUCGACUUUGCCACAGAUACUUCAGAAACAAGUCGUUUGUUUGGUCCCAACUGCACCUUUUCUGGAUUUAUUUUUUAUUUUAGACCAGGUUCUAAGUGUGUUUGAACGGACUUUAACACCUGUAUGUCAACUUUGAUGAUGAAAGUAUGAUAACAGGUUCGUUUUGUUUUUCUUCAUCAUCUUUUCCCGAUUAUAUUUGAUUUUGGCGUAAACGGUAGACCAGGUUCUAUGUCUGCUAGAACAGACUUUUAACCUGGUAGUGUAUGACAGCUUGGGUGCAGACAGUGCAGUAAGAGGUAAUUGCAUCUUUACUGAAAGGUUUGUAGCUUUUAGCCUAAACCAUAGAUCCGGUACUAGGUCUGGUAGAACAGGGCUUUAAACCCUGGUUUGGGGCAGGAACAGGUUAUUGGCCCAAAAACCAUAAUGAAGCAACAUACUGUGGUGGUCAUAGUCACAGUGCAUGAACAGGUCAUUCGUUUGAUCCAAAUACAAAAACAAAUCAUUGUUACUAAUAUUACAAAAUCUAAUGGACCCCUGGUAGCCAUUUACAGAUAGGUUGGGCAAGCUUAGCCAUGGACAGUUCAAAGACUUCAAAGUCCUUUGAAAGGACUGCUUUCCAUGGGAGGACACCCCAGGACUCAAGAACCAGUAGGGCUGAAACAGUCCACCUUUUCCGGUCAACAACAUAACGUGAGAACACUUUUAACAUUGUAUUUGUCAAACAGGUCCUUUAUUUCAAAGUGUCCUUUUUGGACUCAAUUUCUUUCACUUUUACAGUAAAGCCACCAGGUAUGACAACUUUUAGUACACAAACUGACAAAAAAAGACGUGUGAUUUCAAAUAUUUGCAUGAGUAACACAUCCAUUCUUAUACGUGUUUAUUUUUUUAUACAACGUGUACAUAGAUGCUACUGCAUGUGUAGACUUGAUGUAUCUCUGUUUAUUGAUAUAUUUGUAACAUACUGUACAUCGGUGUGUGCGAGGCCUAGCGGUCACGGCAGCUAUGAGUUUGUUGGAGGUGUAUGAGGUUGCAGUGCCAUAUUUUUCUAUUAUUUUCAUUCAUUAUCUUUAUAAAGCAAACAUCAAACUGUUUGUGUUAAAUAUAACCAACCAUAGUAUUUUAUCACAGACACAAGCAGCUAAUGAAAGCACAAAGGUUCUUUCAUGUGGACUUUUUUGGUUUUGUCUUUCAUGUCUUAUGAACUAUUUGACGGUUAAUUCAUUACGCCCUUUGUUAAGAUGUCAGUCAAUACACGGGCAAUCUGUUGGUUAAAUGAUUUAACUCUUCAUUAGCUGGUCUACUGGUCCAAUCAUUGCCAAGCAUUACGCAGUGAUCUGUUUGAUAUAUCACUCGUUAUUGGUUCAUCUACAUGUCAUUACACAGUGAUUAGUGGGUUGUAUCACUCCAUUCCAAUUAUGUAGUUGUUGGUUCGUGACACCGCUCACUCAACUCACCACGCUACAUGUCAAUCGCUGUGACUGUAUCGGUUGGUUAUCGCUCACUACUCAUUGGUUAUUCAUGUCAAUCAUUUUGUAGUCUGUCAAUUUGCAGCGAUUGGUCAGAUAAAUUAUUUCAUUGGUCAUUAGUUCAUGUUAAUCAUUACACAUCUAUUGGCCUGUUACAUCACUCACUCAUUGGUUAGUCUGCUUGGCAAUCAUGUCGUGCUCAGUCGGUUACAUCACUCACUCAUUGAUUAGUCUACAUGUUAAUCAUGAAGCAUCCAUUGGACGAUUACAUCACUUCAUUGGUUAGUCUACAUGUCAGUCAUGCAGCUCUUGGUCGAUUAUAUCACUUACUCCUCAUUGGUUAGUCCACAUGUCAAUCAUUACAGUGAAUGGUCUGUUUCACCAGUCAUCCCUCACUGGUUAGUCUAAAUGUCAAUCACUGAAUUGUUACCAGUCACUGCUCACUCCACAUUGGCUAGUCUACAUGCCAAUCAUGAUGCAGCAAUUUGGGCGCCUACAUAUUUUUUUCAUUAGCUGGUCUACAUUUCAAUUAUUACGCACCAACCAGUUGGUUGCUUAACUUUUGGGGUUAGUCUACAUGUCAGUCAUUGGCUAGUCUAAAUGUCAAUCUUUAUGCAAGGAUCAGUCGAUUACAUCACCUACUCUAUUGGCUAAUCUACAUGUCAGUUGUUAAGCCAGUGGGCUCGUCUGCUUGACAAUCACCGCAGCCUUCUCAUUGACUGACGGUCAGGUGGUCCUUAGACCCACCUCCAAACUCAUGAUUUGUUACUUUGAACCUUACACACCAUCAAUCAUUCACCGCUGUGUAAUCAUUUUUGUUUGUUGUUUUAUUUCAUGAUUAAGGAGCUCUGGCAGCAGUAUUUUUCUAGCUGAUAGAUUUUGCUAUUGUACAGUAGACAUUUGUAGUGUAAACAAGAUGGCGGCUGUGCUCUGGUUGUUGUGUGUUUCUCAUGUCCUGAGGAGCUCUGAUAAGUCAUUACAGUAUACAUAUGUACUGUAUGUGUACAUGGAUGCGGGGAUGUAUUCGUGCAUAGAUGAAUGUUUUAUUUUGUUUGUAACAUCCACACGCUGUGCUGGUGCUGGUCUACACAAGGAAACUAAUAACAGGAACAUUUCUCGGAAUUUUCUAUCCUGAUGACUUUCUAGUUUCUAUAUGGGAGCCCUUUGCAGGUUAUUCAUUUUAAGUAAUGUUAUAUCGUUAAGGUCACGAUAUGAGUUAUUGUACUCCGCUUAACGAUACCAUAGCGUCUUAUUAUUCUUUUUGCAAACACUUGUUGCAAUAAACUGCACGAGCAGAUGUAGAAAUGGCUCAAAUCAAUCAAACGGACAUAAAGGCGCUAGAUAUUUGUUGUGUGUACAGUUGUUUUGGAAUUAAAUCAGGAAACAAUCUU